CUUAAAUGUUGCCAUUUUUGUUUACAGAUUAUCGCAUUAUGUUUACUUUUUGUGGCGGCAGCAUCAGCCACUAGUACAUGUGGGGAGUGUGGCGCUAACUACGUUGCAUGCAUAACUAAUACAACCUAUAAAAUUUGCACAGAGGAAGAUGGAUCAACAACUUUAAGUCCCAUCGGUGAUGAUAUUUAUGAAUGUCAGGACGGUACAUACUGCACUAGUUCAGAUAAUGUCUGUGAGUCGGAUCCAUCUGCAAGCAAUAACAUUAUUGUAUGUAACGAAUCAACUGCUUCGUGUGGCAGUAGUUGUCAGGGUAAGGCAAGUGGAAAGAUGAUUUGCUCAAGUUCCACACAAUUUGCUCUAUGUAUAAAUGAAGUCGCCUCCGAUCCAUUAUCAUGUCCAACAAAUCAAUAUUGCAGUGAGGAUCUAUAUAAUUUUAAUUUGAAGAAAGUUUGUGCGCCAGUGGAGACAUUGGAUUUC